UCUCUCUCUCUCACUUCCUCCCUCCCCCGCUCAAAACCCUCGUCCCCUCUCCCCCUCUCCGCUCACUCCUCUCUCCGACCUCUCCAAUGGCGGCGAUGCUGCAACCGCAGAUCAUACUGUUGAAGGAGGGGACGGACGCGUCGCAGGGGAAGGCGCAGCUGGUGAGCAACAUUAACGCGUGCACGGCGGUGGCGGACGCGGUGCGGACGACGCUGGGCCCCCGCGGCAUGGACAAGCUCAUCCACGACGACAAGGGCAACACCACCAUCUCCAACGACGGCGCCACCAUCAUGAAGCUCCUCGACAUCGUCCACCCCGCCGCCAAGAUCCUCGUCGACAUCGCCAAGUCCCAGGACUCCGAGGUUGGUGAUGGAACUACUACUGUAGUGCUUCUUGCUGCUGAAUUCCUGAAGGAAGCAAAACCUUUCAUUGAGGAUGGUGUCCAUUCACAGAAUCUCAUUCGAAGCUACAGGACAGCUUCAUAUUUGGCAAUCGACAAAAUCAAAGAACUUGCUGUGAGCAUAGAAGGGAAAAGCCUGGAAGAAAAGAAAAGUUUGUUGGCAAAAUGUGCCGCUACCACACUCUCUUCAAAGCUGAUUGGUGGUGAGAAAGAGUUCUUUGCAUCGAUGGUUGUGGAUGCUGUCCUUGCUAUUGGCAAUGAUGAUAGACUUAAUCUAAUUGGGAUUAAAAAGGUUCCUGGGGGUAAUAUGAGAGAUUCAUUUCUCGUCAAUGGUGUUGCAUUCAAGAAAACAUUUUCUUAUGCUGGAUUUGAACAACAACCGAAAAAGUUCUUGAAUCCAAAAAUUCUUUUGUUGAACAUUGAACUGGAAUUGAAGUCAGAGAAAGAAAAUGCAGAAAUCAGAUUAUCAGACCCACUCCAGUAUCAGUCAAUUGUUGAUGCUGAAUGGAAUAUUAUCUAUGACAAGUUAGAUAAGUGUGUGCAAAGUGGGGCAAAGAUAGUUCUUUCUCGGUUGGCAAUUGGUGACCUUGCAACCCAGUACUUUGCAGAUAGGGAUAUUUUCUGUGCUGGGCGUGUGACAGAAGAGGAUCUACAACGUGUUGCUGCUGCAACUGGUGGAACUGUGCAGACUUCUGUUAACAAUAUUAUUGAUGAGGUUCUUGGCUCCUGUGAAGUUUUUGAGGAAAAACAAGUAGGCAAUGAAAGGUUUAAUAUAUUCAGCGGAUGCCCUUCUGGCCAGACAGCAACUAUAGUUCUUCGUGGUGGUGCAGAUCAGUUUAUUGAGGAAGCUGAAAGAAGUCUGCACGAUGCCAUCAUGAUAGUGAGGAGAGCUUUAAAGAAUUCAACUGUUGUCCCUGGUGGUGGUGCUAUAGAUAUGGAGAUAAGUCGGUUUCUGAGGCUGCAUGCGAGGACCAUUGCUGGGAAGUCCCAACUGUUUAUAAAUUCGUACGCCAAAGCCCUCGAGGUCAUUCCACGGCAACUUUGUGACAAUGCUGGAUAUGAUGCAACAGAUGUACUGAACAAGCUCAGACAAAAACAUGCAUCUGGUGAAGGUGCAAACUAUGGGGUGGACAUUAAUACUGGUGGAAUAGCAGAUUCCUUUGCUAACUUUGUAUGGGAACCUGCAGUUGUUAAGAUCAAUGCUAUAAAUGCUGCAACUGAAGCGGCAUGUCUUAUCCUGAGUGUGGAUGAGACAGUUAAGAACCCAAAGUCUGAGAGUGCACAAGGUGAAGCAGCUGCAAGUGCGAUGGCUGGUCGCGGCCGUGGUGGAGCGGCAUUUAGAGGCCGUGGCGGAAGAGGCAUGCGAAGACGCUGAAAUCCAUUCCCCCGAACACCGAUCUUUGUAUUACUUUAAAUUAUUUUUAGGUCACCAUGAGUUUUGAGAGGGUUGCUUUUUGCGAGUUUUCUCAUGUUUUUGCUUUCUACUUUCAUUUCUUCUGCUUUAUGGGACAUUCAUCUGAUCAGUGGUUUGGGUAUAGUCUUGUUUGAAGUAGAAACUGUUGUAGCACUAGUAGGUUUUUCUAUCUGCCACAGUACAGCCUGCGGGCUGGCAAGAAACACUGAAGACUCUAAUUUGGUUCGGUGAGGUUGCCGAGGACUUACACUGGGAUCGCUCAUCAUUGCUGUGCAUCGGCUUAAAAGUCCGGGAAUUAGAAGGGCCAGUUUAUAUGUUCUGUACGCCGAUUUUGUUUUUUCUGUGGUAUUAUUCUGGCUAAAAAAGGUUCUUCGUGCGCUCUUGAAUGAAACUUUCUUUGUUUUUUUUAUUUUAAUGAUUUUAGUCGGGUGAUUUUAAUCAUUUUAAUUGGGUUAGUUGCUAUUCGUUCCGUG